UUCAUGUCUGGACGUCAUCAAAUUAGCGUCUGCUAGUAAAAUGGCGGCCGCCGAGAUCCAGAUAGCAAAUCCUCCUAAUUUAGCGAAAAUUGAAAGUUUCCUCAAUGAUCCAAGUUACAAAGAAAUUAUUGAGAACUCGUCGACUUUCAAUUCGCGAUUAUGCGCCGAAAGAAGAAUGCGUAUGCCGUUCAUUGACACACAGACCGGUGUUGCACAAAGCCACUGCAAUUUAUUUAUGACCAGAAGACAGCGCAUGCCUGGCCAGAGAGAGGGACAAGUCUAUUCAUAUCCUGCACAGAGAUGGCGCAAAGCCCGACGUCAGUAUCUGACGAUGUCGUCGACGCGGUGGGGCUGGUGCGGGGCGGCGGACGCGGCCGACAGCGCCGCUGACGGGGAGAACAGCUCUGGCGUGCCUGGAGAUGGCCUCGCAGGUGAUGACAGCAGAGACGGAUCUCAGACUGCUGCUAAGGAUGAUCCCAAGGAAUGGUUCUACGACGAGCUAGCAAUGGAGGAGAUGGAAACAGGCGAGGAGCCGGAAGCGGAGUCGGACGAGGACUAUUACGACGACACGUACGCGAACCGGCGCAAGCGGCGCGGCGGCGCGACGCCCACCGGGCCCGGCUCGCGCGGCGGCCGCACGCGCAAGUCGCAGCCGGACGACACGCCCGCGAAGCGCGGACGCGCUGGUCGCGGCCGCAAGCGCGCCGGGCAGGGCACGCUGCCGUACGAGGUGCCGGGCGACGCCGAGAAGCCGUACGGCUGCGAACUGUGCGGCGCGAAGUACAAGACUCGACCGGGUUUGACGUACCACUUCACGCACACGCACAAGGACCCGCCGGCGGGCGCGGGCGCACCGCCUGGCGCGGCGGGCAGUGACGGCGACUCCCGCGACUCGCCGCACGCGACGCCUGCGCACGCGCAGCACGCGCAGCACGCACAGCACGCGCAGCACGCGCAGCCCGCCACCGAAUAUCAGGAUAGCUACGUGACAUUUCUGAACAACCCGGCUGUUGGAGCAGAGCUGCCUCUAGUGGUACUGCAACGGUGCACAGGCGUGGGGCCGCCGGGCGCGCGCCGCUCGCCGCCGCCGCCGCGCCCCGCCUCCGCCGACACGUCGAGCUCCGACUCCGUGCUGCCCGCCGCGCCCGCGCCGCCCGCCGCGCCGCUCGUGCCGCACGCGCCGCUCGUGCCGCCGCCGCACGCGCCGCUCGUGCCGCCGCACCCGCCGCACGCGCCGCUCGUGCCGCACCCGCCGCACCAGCCGCAGCCCAGCGCCAGCACGAUGCCUGAUCUCAAGGAACCUGAAACUAAGGCGUCCCCCUCCCCCUACUGCGACUUCUGUCUCGGCGACGACCGCGAGAACAAAAAGACCGGCACGCCCGAAGAGCUUGUCAGCUGUUCGGACUGCGGACGAUCAGGUAAGCGCCGCGGCCGGCCCAGGAACGGGACUCGAACCUGCUACCACAUAGAGAACAGGGUGUGCGAGCGGCACCGACAUCUCCGAGAGAGCGUCAAAAUGAACGGCGUGGUCGAGAUCACAACUUCCAUGUCGUACUCCGCUGACGAUUUUGACACGUUCGCGUCACAGACUAAGCUGCUGAGCGAUGAUUACGGAUAUCCGGUGUCGCCGCCUUCCUCCCGUCAGAGUCCUAAUUACGAUGACGCACUGUACAAGUAGAUUUUUUUAAGUCGCUGUCCUGCCGUUGCAUAGCUUUUUACGCGUUACCUGGUUAAUUCGCUGAUUAAAAAAGUAGGUUUCAAAUUAUUUCAUUAAAUAACGUUUCCUUUGCUUUUUAGUAUGCUAUACUAAUUGCCUUUUAAAAUCAUCGGUGUGACCAGUGACUUAAAAAUUCUACCAAAACACGUCGGCGGGGUUGCCGGUCACAAAAAAAAGAGAAUAUCACACUGUGAUUAUUGUGUUUUUGUUGCUUCCUUACCAAAGAGGUUUAUGUUAAAUUGACAUAUUUACGAUUAGUUGACGAACAGUUAUUAUUAAUUAUGUUAUAACAUUCCAAAAUUAAGUUUUAUUUACAUAAUAAUAUCGUUUGUUUAUUGUUAGUAAUCGUUAGGUAUUUUAGUAUAGAAUAGGUAUAUCGAGUUUUUAAGGGCAUUUUGUGGUGUAGGAGUUGCGUGAAAUAUGAUUUUUUUAUCGUUUAACUUGAACUCAUUGAAGUCGCGAUGACGUUACGCAAUGAAAAUGUUGAUCUUAAAAAAUAGUAACACGUUUUAAAAAAGUUAUUUUAUAUCAAAUAAACUAUUUUAACUUGUAUCUAUCCACCAUAAUGGGGAUCAAAUUAUUUAAAAAAAAUCUGAAUGUCUUUACAAUUGUUUAAAUAUUAUUAUCGAUGUUGGUGUUGCCAUUGUUUCUUUUUAAAUCGAUUCUAUUAUUAGCCAGUUGCAAUUGUGUUAAACGUAAGGGUUUAUUAUGUGCCUUAUAUUACAUAUCGCUGUGGGAUGUGUCAUAUUUAUCCAUUCAUAUAUCCUAUAAUGGACAUACAACGUUGGACUCUACAUUUCCCUGGCUCACUAUUACAAGGUCCUAUGUUUAUUUUUACUUAUAUUGGAAAAAUUAGAUGCAAAUUUUUAUGUUGGGAAAAAUUUGAAUACACAAUAAUUAAUGAUUCCCCAUUUAUUUAUCUUUCGGGGUGUUAGAAAAGUUACAAAAAAAUUUCAUUUAUGUGUAAAAACAAUAUUGUAGGACCUUCUAAUAGUGAGCCUGCAAAGUGUGUCCAAAGUCAACUUUCAUUGACACUUCAUUUGGAGCGCUUAAAUGAUUCUUAAAGUCACCCGAGGUUCAGUUCGAGGUUUGUUCUGCACUGUGCGUACACGUGCGUUUUCUGUAUAGCCGAGGCGCUCAUGUGCACCGCAUGCUCGAAAUAUAUCAGGGGCCUUAUUGUCUAUGAUAGUGUUCACUCUGAACACUGCCGUGUUACGUGUCAUGGAGUUAGCGUGGAAUGGUAUUCCAAUGCCAAUUUUUUAAUAUCAUAAAUGCAAGGAGUUAUGUGCUGUCAAAAUAACGUGUCGCAUAGGGAAUAUCACACCAUAGUCCAAUCCAGGAUCAUUUAAUAAAGUUUGAUUAAAAUACUGCUUUAUUGCUCAAAUAUAAAUCAUUUUCAUUGUCGUUAUUGCUUAACAUAGUACGUUAUUUUUUCCAUUGUUAAGUCUUAUUUUAGGCUUACUAACGAAAGUCACUGUAAAAGUAGAAGCGCACGUUAACCGCUAAUAAAUCGCCCGUGCGCGCUAAUUCGAUACUUUUUUUGCUACAAACAAUAUUAAAAACAGAGCUUAUUAACUAAUAGUAACGUAAGUUUAAAUAUUGCCGCUUGUUUAUAAUGAUUACCCCUCAGGAUACCUAAAAGCAGUCACUUCCAUUUUUCAUACCAGGUGUCAUUCUAUACCAUGCUUGUCUAGUCACGCAUCGCCAAAUAUAAAGUCAUUAGAUAAGCGCACGCGCAUCAUAACACAUAGAUCUCCAUCUACUGGUCUAUAAGAGGUAAUAAAAUAGGAUUCAACAUGUUGACCGUAAUACUUAGUAAGAUAUCGUCAUCCUUUUUGAUGUAACUGUCAUAAGAAUCGAUAAAAACUCGAAUCGAAUCGUAUCGAUAAGAAGUUGACUCGUGAUUAGAAAAAGUAUGAAUGAAGUACGAGUGUUCCUAAAGAUUGUACAUAUCGAUAAAUAUGUGAGUAUGCGACUAUUCGAUUAAAAUCGUCCGUGUCCAUGCAUGUGGAAAAAUUUGUACGUCAUAUCGUAAUUUUACUGAAUAAAAUAAUAUCGAAUAAUCAAUUCGAUCAAAAAAUAUAGGAACAAGAAAUAAUCGACAUGUCUUGUUGUCUUUAGAUUAAUUUAAUAAAUAUAUCAGUUAUAAAAAUAUUAUUUCUUUAUUUAAAUAUAUUUACAAUUGAAUGAAUUAUAGUUAUUUACAAAUAUAUCAUGCGCCUACGCAUAAUAUUUGCUUUUAUCGAUUGCAGAAAGUAGGCGAAGCCUAUUCGAAUUGUUUAAAUUUGUUAUUUACAAGUUUUAACGUCUUGUGAUCUAUCGAUAUGCCAAAUCCAAAGCUUAUAUAAAUGCCCUUUAAAUAUUUAUAUAUAUUGAAUAUUUUGUAGUGUUUUUAUUGCUAUAGACAAGUACACUAAUCCAAAGAGUACAUACUAGGAGUGUUUUCGUUGUACACAAAAUAUUUCGUUGUUGAGAUUCUAUCAUUCCUAUAUUAUAUAAUCAGUAUCGAUGUCUAUAUAUCUAGAUUAGAUGAUGUAGUCAAAUAUAUACAUAUUGUAUUGUGUAUAUUAUAGAAAAAUCAUAAUAUUGUACGUUACACACAUAUUCGAUAUGGUUUAGAUUUUUGAACGGAUUCUGAAAGCAUUGAUAUUUGUCAUGAAUUUUAAAUGUGGUUUCGGAAUUUCUUCUUUAAUUGUAUAUCUAUAUUUGCAAGUUUUAAAACUACGUUCAGUGUAAGAGAAAAGUUUAAUUGUAACGGAUUUUAUUGCGGUUAUUUAUAUAUUUUUUUUCCCGACGAUUCGAAGACUGCAACCUUCAUGGUCACGAGACGGACUGAGGUGUUGGUCCAUCCGCAAGUGAGUUAUAAUAUUUACCAACAUUUUACAAUUAUUCAAUAUAAUAAUGACUAUUGUCACUUGAUUAAUUAUCUUCUAAAGGAAAUGAAUUUGUGCAAGGAAAAUAUAAUUUAAAAUUUUCAAUAAUAGUAAAUUUUCGUUAAAAUCAAUUUUAUUAGUAUAAUAUCUUAAAUUUAAAAACGUUCCUUUUUGUACUUAUAAAGAUUUAUCGAUUAUAAUGCUUUCAGAAUCUAUUUUCAUCUAUAUAAUGUAGUUAUAUGUAGAUAUAAGUUACCAUGAACGCAAUAAGUAUACACAUAUUUGUUGUAAGAAUAAAUAACAGCACAUAGGGGCGUUUAAAUUACUUAAUUUUAAUGUUAUUCAUUGUAAUAAGGGACCACAACUAAAUAAAAUUAGUUUUUAGGUGACCUGAAGUGAUCUGGAUACAUAAGGGAAAUGAGAAAGCCAAAGUUAGGUCCCUUUAGUUGUUUGGGUCCAAUAAUUGGCGUCUAUCGUAUCUAUUAUAUCUUUUAGUUUCGUUCCUAUGUAUUAGUUACAUUGAUUUAUCAUAAUUUUAUAAUUAUAUUAGUUAUUUUCGAAUUGUAUUAUUUGUGGAAAUUUUAUUGUAUUUUAAUGGAUCUUUAUUCGUAUCUGCGGUGCCUUAUGUAUCGAUAAUAUCUAUGUAACUUCCGAUGUUUAUCGUGGCAAUAUCGGUAAUAAAAAUUUACAUGACGUAUAGGCAUUUUGUAAAGAACGAUAUACUAUUUUAGUAUUAUUCUAAAAUCUUCAUUUUAUGUUUAAAUCUAUUAAUGACUGAAUAUUUUAUUAAAAACGUUGUUAUAUUUCUUCGUAGAUGUUAAUCUUGAAAAGUAUAUAUAUGUUUAUCGUUCGUUACGAUUUCCAAAACCCAUGUAAAAAAUAUGUUAACGCCUUCACAUAAGGUGCAAAUCAUGUUACCUUUAUCGAUAUCUUAUUUAUCGACAUAGUAGGGAAGUGCAUAAGAAACGCAAAACAUCCAAAGAUAAAAAAAAAAAACAUAUUUUUGUUUGACAUUUUAUUCUAUUGUAUAUUUUAUAUUAGUGUAAGCCCGAGAACAUUGUUUUUGAAAAUAUCGUUAUUUUUUCUUGUAUUCCGUGGUUUUAUGAGCAUUAAAAAGUGUAUCGCAUCGACUAAAA